AUGACUAUUGAUGUAGAUGCUGUGGAAUUAGAAACAACUACAUCAUUUGGUGAGGGGAAGGAGACUCUUGAACAGCAACUUCUGGGAUUUCCCAUAUACAAGCAAUAUAACAAACUUUACCAAGAGUUUAUUGCUCAAAAUAAAGAAACACUAAGUAUAAAAGAACGUAUUGCCCCAAAUCUCACGGGAUCAACGCUAUCUGGUCCGGAAAAGAUAGAAUAUAGAUCACCAACGUUAUACUUUAUUUCAGAUACCUACUUUGCCUCUCAAGACGAGAUAGCAUUGGAAACCGCACUCGAGAAUAACAAUGAUGAUGAUGAUGCGAAUCUAAACUCUGCAAAUUAUUCAAUCACAUUUUUGUACCUAGGCGACAAGGUAAGUGGACACCACGGUAUAGUUCACGGCGGCUUGCUUGCUACAUUAUUAGAUGAGAUUACUUGUCGUUUGGCGUUUUUGAACUUUCCCAGUAAAAAAGGGUUUACUGCCAAUCUCAACAUUGACUAUAAAAAGCCAACCGUGGUUGAUCUGUGGGUGUGCAUUAAAUGCACAACUUUGAAAAAGCAAGGAAGAAAGUGUUGGGUGAGGGGGGAGGUAUACGUGAUUGAUCCAGAUACAGAAAGUUUGGCGCCGUCACAAGAAAGAUGUGUUGGUAAAGUCUUGAUAAUUGAGCCCAAAGUGGAUUAUCAAUGA